CAGUAGAAAUGACUAAUACAACAGAAACCAUAACAACAACAACACAGCCAAGUGGUACAAUAACAAUUCCAGUAUGGAUUAUAUAUGCUUUUGUUAUCCCUAUCGUGUGUAUAGCUGCAGUUGUCGGACUGAUUGCUCUGAUACGAUGGAUUUGCAGUAAAAGAGCGGCGUCUGUUUUACCUGUAAUUGAGCCAGAAGAAAAGCGUAUUGUCAAUGAUUUGAAAUGCAAUUUAGAACAGAAAAAACAAAACGAAGUGAAGGACCCGUUUCAACAUUUCACUGUUUCAAAUGAAUCGGAUAAUAAACUUUCCAAAAAGCCAAAGAAAGCAGUAAAUUGUAUAAAUAAAAAAGACGUAUCCAAAACACCCGCAGUAGAUACCAAAAUUUGUAAAAUUAAAAAGAAAAAAGUGAAAGCCAUAGCUAUCAAAGAAGAAGAAAACAUAAAAGAACAGUUAGAUGGUGAUGCGAUAAGCGAAAAUGCUUUCAAUCAUUUGAAAGAAUCUGAACCAACAGUAUUUGAAGGACAAAUACCACCUCCUAACAUUCGAAAGUCACGUAGUCAAAGUAUGAAUAAUACACUGAAGCUGAAUAGUAAACCAAAGAAAUCUCUCAUCAAGCCAGAACCUAAUUUGGAACAGACAUUAACUUUAAGAAGACAAAGAAAACCCAAAGAAUCGGCCAAGAAAAGAAAUUUAAAUAUAAUAAAAAGCAAAUUGAACAGGCCAGACUUAGAAGACACCGAUGAAACAUCAACAGACACAAAUACAUCAACUGUCCCAGUUGACACUGACGAGGAAAGCGUUAUCGAUACAAGUAUUGUUCAAAGUGGAGAUGAAGACUUCAUAACUGAUGACGAAGAUUCUGCGGCUGAUGUUACUAAUGUGCGAUCUUCAAAUAAUCACACUUUGGAUAACGAUGUCAUAAGAGAAAACCAGAUAAUACAUAUGUCUCAACAAGUCAAGCAGAUGCCGGACCUCUCUGAUUCAGAAAUUUCUGGUAAGGUUGUUGAAUGUCAAGAAAGCUUACAGGACAGGGUAACACGAAGUACACACUUAGAAUUAAGUUCGUUAAAAGAUUUUAAUUCAUCUGUCAAAACACAAAAAACAGUUGGUAAAGAUCAAAUAUUUGCAGUUGACUUGAAAUUAGAAAAUAAUUCUGCUAUUGAGAUGGAGCAAUGUGUAGAUGCAAAAUUUAAAGAGACGAAAAUAUUAGAUGUAAUCAAAUACGAGCAUGUUCCUCGAGAGGGCCCGAUAGCAUCAAGCUCUUUCAAAGUUCGUGAUAAUGAUAAAAACGAAUUCAAAAACAAACAAACUGAUCAUAUAAAUGAAACAAGUUUCAGUUGUGAUUUAGGUCCAAAAGGGGCAGAUGAACAACAACCUGUAAUUGACAAAAAAGAAAGAAAUUAUCUACAGUUCAAAGAGGCUGUUAUGAACAAUGGCAGUAUUAAUUUAAAUAGGUCAAUGUCUUUGAAUGAAGGGGAACAAUUAAAAUCUUAUAUAAAAAGCAAACGACGAAAGAGAAAAUAUCAGUCAUUACGCCACGCAAAGAGAGAAUCUGUAUUUGAUGCUUUACAGACACUUGAAAAGGCACCAAAGAAGGGGAUAUUGAAAAAAUCUCAAAGUUUACAUGUUAACGAAAGACCAAACAAAUUAGAUACAAACAUUAAGGAAAUUACGCCGACUACGGGACAAUUGGUUUUAGAGAAAUGUAAAUUUCACAGUGAAAAUGAAAUUGAAAGUACAAACGAAGCAAAAAUCCCUGACGCAUUUAAAACAACUGAACAAUCGGAUACGACUGAUAUUUGUGAGAUAUUGUCAUCAAAUCUUCUAACAACGAUUGACAGGGUUACUUCAAACGAUGACACACAACUUGACACCCCAAAUGGAUUUGGAGAGUCGUCAUCCGAAAUGUUUGCUGGAAAGCCAACCCCUUCCCAAUUUCUGACCGAGACAAAUCUUAAUGCUGAUAAAUUUUCAGAAAGCGACAAUGAAGAACAAAUUAAUCAAAAUGAAUCAACAUAUGAAGGAGAGAGAAAUGAAUUUGUAUCAUCUGAGAGGCGAUCUGGAUCCGGUAGUUUAAUGAAUCAAAACAUUAUCACUAACGAAAUAGGACCAUAUAAUGAUUACCAGAUGGAAAAUAUAAUAGAUGAGUCAACGUUGAAAUAUAAUUCCACAUUGCAUCAAACGUCAAUGUCUGAACCAACAAGUGAUAAUCACCCUGAGAAUAAAUUAGAAAACAAUGAAAACUUGCUUUAUUUUAAAUCACAUAAUAAUGAGAUGAAUUUGAAACUGAAAAUUGUUACGCAUGACGAAAGAGAUCAGAAGCUACAAGAUGAUGGUAGUUUUGAAAGGGACCAAAUGCAUUCAAAAGAGCCUGACAAUGACCAUAGCAUGAAUCCGUCUCCAACAGUUAAGACUAAUCAAAAAAUAAACAAAAAACUUUGUAUGCCAGGACAUUCUUUAGAAAGUGAUAGCUCCUUAGAGUUAAUUGAAAUACCAUCCGCGUCACCAGGCAUUGAUGAUAUAAGGGGUAAACUAAAUGAAGAUUCUACUAUCAAACAAACUAUUAACCUACCUGUUGUUACUCUAAAUGCAAAUGUAAAGGAAUUUGAUUGUGAACAAAUAUUUAAAAAGGAAGAAUUGUCAAAUGUUCCCAGUGCAAAUGUUUUUGAUGCUUUAAAGGAGACGCCUUUGGAAUUAAAAAAACACGACACCACAAGCGUCGAUUUUCAUAAUCACAGACAGUCCCAUGGAAAUAAUACAAAGAACAUGUCGUUGUCGAGUCAACAUAGCAGUAUUGCAUUAGGACUUCGAGAAAGGCCAGCAACUCCACAUUUGUCAAGUACUGAUAUGAAUUCAAAGUCAAUUGUAAACAAUUCUUCAAAUUUACUUAAUAAAGUCUUUCGGCACAAAUCAAAUCCUUCAUUUGACAGGGCUCACCUUGAAUUGUUACAAUCGCACAAAUCAAACGUAAAUCAGCUAAACAAAAGAAAUAUAUCGCAACCGCUGUCACCAAUUGUAAAGGAAGAUGAACCUAAAAACAUUUCUUUGACUUUACCACCUAACUUAGGUGGAAACAAUAUGCCACUAGAAACUUCCAUACGAGAAACAACGGCACAAAAUGCUCCUCUUGAAGAAAAGUUAUAUUCGAACAAAGCAGAUAAGUAUACAAGCAAGCAAAUAAAAUCACAUCGGUCAAAGAGUUUUAUUCCGACAGCACAGAUGGAAGAUGAAAUGACAAAUGAUGUCGAAACUUUACGUGCAGGUGUUCUAAGCCCGAUUAAAAUGAAAAAUAAAAGUACCAUUGAAAAGAAAUCAUUGGAUACAAUCAUUUUUGCGGGGACUUCCACAAACGGCAUUAACCAGCACAACAAGGAGCAUGAAAGAAUCCGAUCGCCUGUAUUUAAUGUCAGGAAUAACGAUAUUCGGAUACGAUCAAAAACACCAUCUGCAGAAUUAGAACGUGUCGGCAGGAAUCUGAACGAUCCGAAACGCUCUAAAACUCCGAUGCCCGUGCCUUCUUACUUUAUGAAACAGUCUGAGGGAACAGUUGCUAAACCAUUUCUUACUCAUCCGCUCUCAAAGUUAAAAACGGGAUACAGUACAAAUACUAAUAUGGAAACAUUUAGCAGAAAUGUUCCCUCCGUUCUUGAAGAAAAACGCAAAGCUGGAGCCUCUUUUCGUCGAAGCAUGAAAAGAUUUCCCAAUAGAAAUGUUCCAGUUUCCGACAAUACUAAAACAAAUGAACAUACACUUCUAUAUAGGAGGGAGAAGGAAACGAAUGUUUUGGAUGAAAAAGUGGAAUUCAAAAGAAUAUCUGUCAGAGAACGCCCUAAAUCUGCCAUGUCAAUGCGUUCUGCACCUAGAAUGACCUCACAAGACAAUGUGACACCGUUUCCAAGAAAGUUUAGGACAGACAAAAGAUUAAGACAAAAAACAGGAGAACAUAGGCGCUCUAUUACACCUACAUUGACACAUAAAUCAACUGACAUCAGAAGGCCGAGUUCACGUGCAGAAUCUUGUAAUGUCCAACAAGCAAACUAUGAUCUAGAUGAAUCUGACAGUGAACUGGAGGCAUUCUUUGCUAACCCAGAUGUUAAAAGUUUGCAAUUCGGGAACAAAGACCUCCUCAAUAAUGGUUAUACCCGCAGUCACAGGACCGUGUUUUCAACUUUUAGCAAGAGAAAUGAUCUUGCAAAAAGCAAAUCAUUCAAAAUGUAAACAAGACUUCUUGCAUUUUAUGUAUAAAGCACUUCAAGGAAGGGAAUUAAUUACCAUUUCUUAUGAUGAUUUGUUUGAAAUCUAAUUUUUUAAAUUGAUCAUCUAGACCAAUGCAUUUAAAAAUGCAUUUUAAAUAACGAUAUAUCGUUGAAAUCAGAGUAACACCGAGACAUGGAAUUCCAUCCGGGGUAAUGUUUUAUUUCAAAUAACACAAAAAGAGCAGUUGCAGAAAAUAUCAACCACGUGACAUUCUUUACAAUUACAACGAUUUUAUGUACAGCUUUAGGUAAAAUUGACACACAUACCUUAGAAAUUGAGUUUUUAUUUUGUAAUAUAGUAUCGAUAACUUUCUUCUGAAUAGUUCGUGUAAUUUAUUUUAUUGCUUGCCAAAUAAUGAAAAAAAAACAUCGACGGGUAAAGCUAAUGUUUUCAAAGUUAAUGAAUAUCAUAAAAUUUUAUUUGCACAAAACAAAGGCAUAUCGUUUAUGAAUCGCCUCUUGUCAAACUCGGAUCUGCUUAAGCUUUAUUGUUAACGCAUAGAAAAUAAGAAGGGAAGCUAGAUCUUUUUUCAUUUGUGUAAAAUAACUUGAGAUUUAUUAUGUUAUUUGAAAAUUAAUUUUAAGUCCCUAAAAUAAAUUUAUGUAGGUUCUACAAAAAUAUUUAUAUUUGUGUGUAAGUUUGAAUUAUAUUGACAUCACAGCCUAUCAAUAGUAUUCAUAUAUAUACCAGUAAUCAAAUAUAACACUAACGGUCCUUAUUCAACUCAAAAACGAGAAAUUAUAUUUUGUAAC